GCCAUCGGCUAUUAACAAAAUUGCCGUUUUCUUCGCCAUAUUUACAGUAUAUUUUACGUUUGGUUGUAAAACUGUAAGAACCUUACAAGCCGACUGCGCAAAAUGUGGAAGCAUGCGAAACAAUAUUGCCAUAGAUAUACGUAGAAGCAUCGACGAAAAGAAACAGAGGAAUGUAUGGAAUCGGAACGCACCCCCACAGAAGAAAAAGGAAACAAAACGCAGUACAAGAUGGCUGCGUUUGGGUGUUGUGUCUACUAAUUUGUGUAAGACAAUUCUGUAAUAUUAGAUGAUUAAUUCAUAGUGAAAUAUUCAAUUUUCUUCGUACAAUCGUUAGUGUAAUUAAAUUUGUGUGUAAUGCGUACACGCGGGAGCAAGUCGCGUUGGGAGGAACAAUGCUAACACAUCGUUGAAACAUUUAUCACGGUUCAGGGGGUGGAUGAUAGGAAUUUACUGAAAAUCCAAGAUAGAAGCCGCUUGAAACACUGGAGAAAGACGGUGGAGCUUCGGAGGAGGAGGAGAUGUCUGCCGGCACCCAGGGCGAGAUUCGGGUUGGCCCUUCGCACCAGGAAUUGGUUUCUUGUCAGGCCCGUUUGCCUGAGUAUCGGCCGGGUAUACCUCCUGGAGAGCUGCUUCCUGAUCCAGAGUUUUCUAAAGAACGAGAAGAGCUAAGAUGGAUUCCAGCUAUGGCAUUGGACGGGGAUCUUCUGAUGUACUUGAGAGCAGCACGAUCUAUGGCUGCAUUUGCUGGCAUGUGUGAUGGAGGAUCCCCGGAUGACGGUUGUGUGGCUGCUUCCCGUGACGACACGACUAUCAAUGCUCUGGACAUCUUGCACGACUCUGGCUAUGAUCCAGGAAGAGCGUUGCAGGCGUUGGUUAAAUGUCCCGUACCUAAAGGCAUUGAUAAAAAAUGGUCCGAAGAGGAAACUAAACGCUUCGUCAAAGGACUUCGACAAUUUGGAAAGAACUUUUCAAGGAUUAGAAAGGAUCUCUUGCCGCAUAAAGACACGCCGGAAUUGGUGGAAUUCUACUAUUUGUGGAAGAAAACUCCAGGGGCGAAUAAUAAUCGACCUCAUCGAAGACGACGUCAGGGUUCCCUUAGAAGGAUCCGCAACACGCGCAACUCCCGUGCCGGUACCCCGAAAGAGGAGGUGCCGACACCACCGAAGGAUACACCGCCAGCUAGUGUUAAUCAAAAGGAACCUAUUUCAGAGCCGGAAACUGUACCUGUUGGAACGCCCGCUAGCAAUAAUCCUGGUGGGGAAAUUAGUUCUGUGACAGAGGACGAUAAUUCGGAGGAGGAUAGUGACUCUAGGGAUACGAAUACUAACGGGGCAACGCAUUCGUGUCAGCAUUGUUUCUCGACUAAUUCGAAGGAUUAUCAGGUAGCCGGUAAGGAUAGGUUAUUGCUUUGUACGGAAUGCAGAACACAUUUGAAGAAAACCGGGGAACUUCCGCCUGCUCCACCGUAUCUGUUCCGCCCUGUGCCCGCGGAAUCACCAGAUAGCCCAGGUAGAAUGCGUACAAGAAACAAGGCCAAGGAGACGCCUAGACCAGCGAGACCUCGACGUACAGGUGGAACGGAUACUCCUGAUCAAGAGAAGCAACAGCAGCAACAGCAAACGCCGGACAAGAGCAAGAAGAAGUCUUCUAGCAAGCCGGAAACACCGAAGAAAGGUCAGAAACGACCACCGGCCGACGAGGUGGACGAGGACAAGGAGUCUCAGAAACGUAAACGUCCCGGCGAACGUCCUGAGAGUCCUUCGGAGUCGCUCACAACCGACAGUAACUCUCUGAUGGAUGAACCUGAGAGAGAAGGAGAAGGUGAUACAAACGAGAAUCAACCCACUCCAGUUACGGUGCCAACCGAGGAGCCAGUCAGUCCGGCUGUAACUACACCGGAGGAGCCUUCCGAACCAACGCCCGUAUCUACUCCCGUACCACCGCCUAUACAGGCAUUACCCAUAUCUGUUCCUGUUAUUCACACUUUAGAGAAGAAACCGUUGCUAGAGGAACCGGUAGAGACUAAGGAUCAAAUAGAAGAUGUACCUUUAGCUAUGAAUCAACCUUUGAAGUUGGAACCCAUGCCGAUAGAACCAGCCAUGUCCCCAUCGAACGAAGAUAUGAAAGAGCCUGAACAGCAGUUGAACUUGACCACGUCGCAGUCGUUGAACAUGAACGACAUGAGUCAAAACAUGCCUCGUAAUUUGUCGCAAACGAUUCAGAACAGUGGUAUGUGCGCUUCUGCUGGCUCGCAAGGUAUGCAGAAUUCGCAGAUCAUGUCUCCUACGCACCAAGGACUGCCGCUGAACAUGCAAUACGCGUCGAAUGUUCCUCCCGUUCAAAACGUACCGCAAAACUUGUCGCAGAGCAUGCAAAUGCCGCCGAACAUGCCGCAGAAUAUGUCGAACGCGCAAAAUAUGGGACCAACGCAGAAUCUUCGAGCUCACGGUGAAAAUCUGUCGAAUGCGCAAAAUAUGCCUCAAAGCAUACCGGGACCACCGUUAAAUCUGAAUAUCUCGCAAAGCAUACCGACGAACAUGGCACAGAUGCCUCAGAUGCCGAGUUCACCGCAACCCCUCGGCUUGACCGUGAUGUCAUCUGAGAACAGGAUGUCCGAACGAAUUUCGGACGAUAGAUUGCCCCCGGAACGAAUGAGAGACGGCAGGAUACCGGAUAGAAUAUCAGAAAGAAUGCCAGAGAGACCGGAGAACAAUGAGCCUGAUAGAAAUGAACCGAAUAAUAUGUUUCAACCGAUUCAACCAAGCGGAAUGUUGUCGAUGGAGAAACCAUCUUCCAUGUACAAUUUAGCCGGGACACCUCCGAUGGAGCCGCAGAAUUUGAAGAUCAAGCAAGAGAUCAUACCGCCGGAACCGGAUCCGCUGCAGAGUUUGAAGGAAGUGAAAGUACCUGGUUUCCAGUCCGGCUUCCCGGGUCCAAGUUUAGAGAAUAUUAAAAAGGAUCCGGAUAGUUCCAGCAAACCACCCACGCCGAGCAAACACUCGAUGCAAAGUAGUCAGCCAGUUCCUCAGAUACAGUCUGUGGCUGCAUCUCCGACACCGACUCUUCCACCACCGCCCACGUCCAUCCCUCAACCCGUGAUGCAUCCAGCUCAACAACCAAGCCCCCACAUGGCUCACCCCUUCCAUCCUCAUCAUCCCUUGAUGCAUCAUUCGUUGUUCACUGCCAUGCACCCGUAUCAUCCUCACGCUUACCCAGGUUACGCGCCCGUCGGAGGUUAUCCUUCGUUCCCGCCGUAUCCUUACGGUCCGGUACCCCACGCCAUUCCUCCUCCAUCUCCCCAGAGGAGUCAAGAAAGUACAACCAUGAUGACGGCGCAUCAUUCGAGUACCAGUUCCAGUGUGACGACCAGAGAAGAAGGGGAGAACCUGAUCGCCACGCAUCACCACUCCUCCACUAUGCAUCAGGCAACAGCGUUACACCAUGAUAAACUAUUGACCAUCUCGUCGCACAGUUCCCACAGUCACUCGUCGUCGCAUAGUUCUCACAACACUCAACGCAAGCCAUCGUUGGUGUCUGCAGCGUGUCUGACGUCCAGUAGUUCGGCUCACCACCAUCACAGACCACCCCAGUCUCAGCCACCGGUCGUUCAAGAGCCGAAGAUAGAACCCGACCUCGUAGAACAGGAGCAAGAGGAGCCGCCUAGUCCGCGAGGUCCGUCCCCUGAGCCGCGAAUCGAGGACUCGGAGUGCCACAGAUCACAGUCCGCCAUUUUCCUGCGGCACUGGAACCGGGGUGAAAAUAAUUCUUGCACCAGGACGGAUCUGAUGUUCAAGCCAGUCCCUGAUUCGAAGCUGGCCAGAAAACGGGAAGAGAGGUCGAGGAAACAGGCGGAGAGGGAAAGAGAGGAACGCGACAGAGCCGCGGCGCAACAAGCCAGGAAGAUGACCACCCCGGAGAAGCAGCCGGAAGUCUGCAAGCCACCCAGUCGAGGACCCCUCGAACCCGUCGUGUCGCCGUACGACAGGUACGCCGCGAGACCAGGCUCGUACGCCGACACGCCCGCCUUGAGACAGUUGUCCGAAUACGCUCGGCCCCACGCGGCGUUCUCGCCUGCCAGGCAUCCAGCUCCUCCGGACCCAAUGCUGCAUUACAUGUACAGCCCUGCCGCGCGUGAACGCUUGGAAUUGGAGCAACUGGAACGCGAGAAGAGAGAAAGGGAGAUCAGAGAAUUGCGGGAGAGAGAGCUGAACGACCGGUUGAAGGAGGAACUUCUGAAAGGGACACCUAGACCGAUGCCAGCACCGGUGGAUCCGCAUUGGUUGGAGAUGCACCGUCGCUACGCCGCCGCAGGACUCGCGCCUGGACCAUCAGGACCACCACAAGCUUUACACCAGUUCGGACUUUACGGAGCUCCGCCCGGUCCCAGUCAGUUGGAAAGGGAACGUUUAGAAAGACUAGCUGACUGUUAUCUAAUAUCAUCUAUCAGAGGACAUAUGGGAGUUUCGAGCAGGAUACCGACUGCAGCCGGCGGGGGGCCAGCGGGUGCAGGGGCUGGCCAUCCCGUGGCGGCUCAUCACCACGGCCAGCUGGACGAGCGACUGGCUCUAGCUGCUGACCCGAUGGUCCGGUUGCAGAUGGCUGGCAUUUCGCCCGAAUAUCAUGCUCACACUCAUGCGCAUACUCAUGCGCAUACGCACUUACACUUACAUCCGGGACAGCAGCAGGCCCAGCAACAGGCUCAGCAACAGCAGGAAGCGGCUGCGGCUGCAGCUGGAUUCCCCCUGCCUGCGGCAGCUGGUGCGAAUUAUCCACGACCUGGCUUGAUGCCCCGUGAUCCAGGACUGGCACUUCAUCCCGCUGAACUUCUCGGAAGACCGUACGCCGACAUGGCCGCUCAUCACGAGCAAUUACAACGUCAUCUAAUGAUGGAACGCGAACGAUUCCCUCCUCAUCCAUCGCUCGUCGCACACCACGAGGAAUAUCUAAGGGUGUUUUUUAGACAACAGCGCGAGCGUGAGCUUAAAGUUCGCGCACUGGAAGAAGCUGCACGUGGAUCACGCCCUUAAGUAUCAUUGUAAUUUACAUAUACAUAUAUACAUAUAUAUGUGAAUGAUUAUCCUUCAGAAAUUAGGGAUCUCGUUCUAGAAAACCGUGUACUUGACGAUGGGUCAACCACGGUGUUUUUUCAAAAAAUUAAAAUAACAUGGUGCAAGGAGAUAGAGGUAGAGAGAGGAUCUGCUCGCAAAGAUCACGUUCGACGACCAUACGUUUAAGAUGAGAAAUUAUUUUUACGCAGUUUCCCUUAGAGCUAAGUAAUAAUAAUACGGGGUAAUGGAAAGAACGUAAAGAUUGUUACGGUAUAUGUAACAUUUUAGUGUAAAUAACACAACACAGGUUUUCAAGUAAUAGUGCUACGUGAAAUUGGGUGGUUCGUUUAGCACCAUAGAAGGAUUAUAAAGUUUUUAUAUAUAGAUAUAUAUAUAUAUAUAUAUAUAGCGAUCGCUUGACGUGUAAAUUUGUUUGAAAUCUCUCUCUAUAUAUAUAUUAUAUAUAUAAUAACGGAUUCAGAAUAUAUUACCAUACGUUCAAACGUGGAUUCGUUCCGUUUCAUUCGAUCUUUUUGUUCUUUUUGUUUUUCACGUCGGUGAUAAUGCCAAAGUGUUCAGAAGGAAAACGGUUCACCGCGUUCUCUCUUAGUCUUUUUCGUGAUUACCCUGGAGAGUAGAUCGUUCUCUCUUCUUUGUUUUACGUACUGGAUAUUUUAGGAUCAAAUGGACACGGAAUUUGUCGUGUCCAUUUUAAUUUUUAUCGCCGUUUAGAGAAGUGACUUUCAAACGUGUCUGUCUUUGUUUUUUGUUUUUUUCUUUUUUUUAAACUGUGUCCGAACCAUUUUAGGGACAGUUUUCUUAUUAUUUCACAGACUUUCCGUGUUCUAGCGUAUCUCUAAGGUGUAACUUAAGUUUUAAAUAUUAUUGUAAUUCUUUGUGUCGGACAAUUUGUAUAUUUUCUAUAUAUGUAUCCUUUUAAGAAUUUUACUCUGAUGACCAUUGAGCGUUUGAUACAUAGUUUGAUCGAGCGGCUGACUAGUAAUAAACACACACACACAGAAAAGAAAUAUUUAAAAAAAAGAGAGAAAACUUUGUAACAAAGUGACCAAAGUUAAAAAAAAAAUUUAUAGAAGAAACAAAACUGGCGUCAUGUGAACGCAUAAUCUUCCAUGGUCGUGCGCCCCGUAGAUUUCACAGAAAAUAUAUGCUGUAUGGUGCAGGCGCUGAAAAUGAAUACGUAAAUAAUGUUUUUUCAACAAAUAAGAGAGAGAGAGAGAGAGAGAAAUGAGAAUGCGUGAGAGAGAAGCAAAUACUAAAGUAAUCUUUAUUCUGACGACCAUUCGUACAUGUAAAUUUUCUGCUAUAUAAUUAAUUCAGUGUAAUCUAGUUAUUUAACUAAGUAAAGAUAUUUCAUAGGAACGUCCCGUUUUUAAUCGUAUCGUUCUUGCUUUAGUUUUUCUCCAUAGGAAGCGUUCCAAUUAAUUUAGAGCGUUAAUUAUGGUUUGUAUCAUGGGAAAGUGAAUUAUCGUUUUGUCUGCUUGCACUUACAAGGCUGUAACGUGGUUUUUCACUUACGUUAUUAUUAGAACAAUUUAUCUGUAAAGAAAAUUAUAUUUGCAUCGCUGUAACCAAAUCUCAAGCAGACGUUUUCAUUUCUUCAACAUUUGUUACCAGAGAAAUGGGAGGGGAAGAGAAAAGUAUAUCGAACAUGGAAAUUUUAUGUAAUCAAAAAAAAAAAAAAAAAAAAAAAAAAAAGGAAAAAAAAAGAA